CCCGAUUCUCAUUCUUUGUCCCUGAGUCUACGCCUACACAUUCUUUCACUUACCUUCCUCUUUUUCAAUGUGUGAGAACAGUCAACCCUUGUCCCCUUGAAUAAUUGUUGUCAUGGCUUCAGAGAAUACGACCAGCAGCUCCGAAGCCCGAGAGUUAAGCUUAAUCUCCAAGGUAGAGCUUAGAAUCGCCUUAGCAGACACCGACCAGAAGCUCGAUGCACUUCUGAAUACAUACCUGGCACCGUUACUGCUGAAGCUGAGCUCCGAUAGCCUUGCUGUCCGCAACAAAGUAAUUUCAGUAUGCCAGCAUGUCAACACUAGAAUUAAAGCCCCCGCGAUUAAACUCCCCGUUGCGGCUCUAUUGAAACAGUUCAAGGAGCAGAAAUCCCAGCUCAUCAGGCAUUUCGAUUUGAUUUACCUACAGCAAGGGAUUGAUCGCCUGGGGCCCGAUGCCAGAGUCGAGAUAUUGGUUCCAUUGCUCCAGGGGAUCUCCGAGAUCGGAACUGCCACGAACCAGGGCGCCGUUGUCUUCAAUCUUGUUCUACGGUUACUACCGCUAUUAAAGCUUCCGCCGAAGGAUAGCGAAGAUGAUUUGAAUCUAAAGUCCCGCUUAGGUCUCUCGGACCAGGACACCGCCUUUUUGUCGUCCUGGUUUACGAAGUUGUUGCUCCUUCUCCCUGUAGAUAAGAGUUCAUCUACGUGUCCGGGUUUAUCCCCGGCAGAUUAUUCAUUCCUGAAUAAGGGUGUAUCUGUAAAUGAGACAUGGGAUCCGUCUGUAGAGGGCGGUUUGAACUUGACGGAAACUAAAGUCAGGGCAUUGAGAUUGAUCUCCAGCGGAGCCUUCAGUGAUUCAGAACGAUUGUUCCCUGCUAUCGUCGCUUCUGCGGACGCUAACUCGCGCCUUUCGGAUCUGGGCGAGGAGCUUCUAAAGCGGUUCAUACCAGACCUUGAGAAUCCAGAUGUUGUGCAGCAACUGUAUAGUCUGUAUUCCGGUGCCGGGACGGCGGAUGGGGCGCCCCCAGCACGCCCUUCCCUCCAGACCAGACUUCUGGUCUCCCUAGGAAAGUCAGUCAGGGCGACCAUGCAUACAGAUAAUGUUAUUCGAUUGAUUGAAGAGGGUCUCCUAUCGGACUCCGCGAGGUCAUCUCAAGGGCUUCAAGCUUCCAAGUUGCGGACUCAGAUCUUCAAUUUCACGACGUGGGUUGUGCGCAUGGGCUCUCCAUCUGAUCUCAAACGAAUGGCACCGAAAAUCAUCACGGGAUUAAUGGAUUUCAUCCGGUCUCAGGGCUGGCCAAGCCCAGGCGCCAGUGGCCAAAGGCUCCCCGCUACCGAUCUGACCCUACGCGGUCUUGCCUACGAGAGCAUCGGCAUUAUGCUCCCUAAGGUUGACUUUGCGGUGGAUGAUGGGCAAGAGACGCUUUCUAGCUUUGAGCUGAUCCGGUGGCUGUUUACGUCACUGAGCUCUGACGAUUCCGGUCCCCAAAUUUUUGUCAGCAUUGAGCAGGCCUUGGGGAGCAUUCUGAACUCUUCAGUGGAUAGCUGGGAUGAAAAGUUCCAAGAGGAGCUGCGCCCUUUCCUGGUCCAUCAGAUGGGCAAUCACCCCGGAGAAGACGACUCGAUGACAGGCUACAGAGUAGUACGGGGCCCACAAUAUGCUGCAGUGCGUUUCUCAAACCGCUUCCUACCUUACGGCGACAUCGUUGCGCGUUGGGUCGAUCUUAUGGCUGUUGCAAGUGGGUCAGAAAGACACCAGGAAAUUGCGGAGGAAGGCAGAAAGGGCCUAAAUCCCUACUGGUAUCGACUUUUGAAUCCGGCGAAGGAGAAGAAAUGGGCCGCUCGACCAGCAGGCGAAGAACCGAGCACUUCAUGGUUUAAAUUUCCCGCCUUUUCAGAAGCCACAAAGUUUUUACUUGGCUCUGAGGCCUCCACUGCAGUUCCCGGUCUGACUGCAGCCGGCAUACUAUCGAGCCGCUACAGAAAUGCCUUUGCUCCUGCGAUUGGAUUCCUCUGCAAUAUCUUACUCUGGGAGUCGCUCAAAGCGGCUGGAAUCAACAUAGACAUAGAGCAAGAUUGGGAAACCAAGCUCGAUGUGAUGCUGUCCUCGGAUGAAAGCACAAGGGCGGCCUUGAAGCAAUACCUUUAUUCUACUGAUCAACAUUCUGUUGUUAUGUUUCUAGAAGGUGCCUUGGCCGGUCUGAUCCACGAAAACCGACAAGGUUUACAACAGUGCGGAGAACAUUUCGUCAGUAUCAGCUCGCUGGCGGCUAAUGGCAUAGUUGGAGCUAUGGUUCCGCGAGCGCUCCUAUUGAAAAGUCCGCUGUCCAGCAACGACCAAGAGGCUCAGAAUACGGCAGCACGAGCAAUGGGUAUCCUGGGGUCACACCCUACCUUCGCCGUGGAGAAUCUAGUGGAGCUAGUUACGGAAUUUUCGACCGCUUUGGAGUCGUGGGAAUCUGCUAUUGGGGAGAAAGUUCUCAAGGUCCGAGGCGCAAUGCUUGCUCAGUCAUUUUUACUGAGCAGGCUUGCGUUCCGUAAGGCCAUACAGAAAGUACCGGAAGCGCAAGUCAAUGGAUUUAUUAAGAUAGUCUUUGCUAUGAUCGAGACCUCCCGCGACUCCCUUCUCCGACAGUCAGCUCAGGUCGCUAUCGGACAACUCAGCCUUUCGGGCAUUUUGUCUCCGGAUAGGCGAUCGGACGCUGAGUGGGAUACCGUCAAGACCAAGCUGGUGCAAGAUGCGAAGGCUGAAAGCAGCGUGGCAAUUACAGCGAUCGGGCUACUCUCUUUGGCCUUUCCGGACGGGUCUCCGCAGUUCAAGAAAUUCCUCGACGCCCUCUCUGGGUUGCAUGAGAUCCGCAGCCCCGAAGUCCAUUUUACAGUCGGGGCGGCUCUGUGUGGUGCAGUAGCAGGGUGGAACUCCAAAGCACUAGCCCCCGAAUUUGAUGUCGACGAUCACUUUCCUGACUCCACAGUUCCCACUUCAGUACUUGCAGACAUGUGCGACAAGGUGAUCGCGGACUGUGCGGCGUCAAAACCGUCUCUCCGGAAAGCGUCCGCCAUAUGGUUACUAUGUUUGGUCAAGAAUUGUGGGCAUAUGCCGGAGAUCCAGGAUCGUUUACGCAAGUGUCAGCAUACUUUUGCCAGUCUUCUUGGGGACCGAGAUGAGAUGGUUCAGGAAACCGGGGCUCAAGGGCUGAGUCUUGUCUACGAGAUGGGUGAUCGGGAGCUGAAGGACGACUUGGUGCACGAUCUAGUGAACUCAUUUACUGCGACCAAUUCCGGCCUAGGAGGCGGGAAAGUCACUGGCAAUACAGAGCUAUUCGAGCCAGGAGCUCUCCCUACCGGCGGGGGCUCUUCUGUCAAUACCUAUAAGGAUAUUAUGAAUCUUGCUUCUGAGGCAGGCGAUCCGACUCUUGUGUAUCGGUUUAUGUCCUUGGCCUCUAAUAAUGCAAUCUGGACGAAUCGUGCCGCGUUCAGCAAAAUGGGCAUCAGCAGCAUUUUCUCCGACUCCAGCGUGAACGGCUAUCUCGCCAAAAACAACAAGAUUUACCCAAAGCUGUUCCGGUAUAGGUUUGAUCCAAACCCGAACGUGCAGCGAUCGAUGAACACAAUUUGGCUUGCGCUAGUAAAGGAUCCCAACGCAGUUAUUACCAGCCAUUUCGACGAGAUCAUGUCCGACCUUUUGAAGAGCAUGAUGAGCGGUCGAGAAUGGCGCGUCCGGCAGGCAAGUUGUGCGGCGAUCUCCGACCUAAUCUCGGGUCGGCAGCCGGAGUCAUACGCCAAGUACGUGGACGAGAUCUUCACCAAGGCGUUCAAGCUUCUUGAUGACAUCAAAGAGACCGUCAGGAUCAGCGCGUUGAAGCUUUGCCAGACAAUUACAAACGCAGUCAUUCGCACGCUGGAAACGAGUGGUGAGGCAGACACCAAACGCGUGAGAACGAUGCUGGAGAGCACGAUUCCGUUCUUGUUGAGCGACAAGGGCAUGGAAUCCGGGGUUCAAGAGGUCCAAGGAUUUGCCCUCGGCGCUCUGAUCCAAAUAAUCAAAAAGAGCGCUCACGGGCCCUUGCGAUCGUUUGUCCCAAGCAUAAUCGAACAGUUCUUGAAUUGCCUUAGCUCGUUGGAGCCACAGGCCGUCAACUAUGUGCACCUGAACGCCGACAAGUACGGGCUAACGGGACAAGAAAUCGACAAGAUGCGACUCUCCAGCAUCCGCACAUCCCCCAUGAUGGAAGUGAUUGAACGAUAUCUGAUCGACAUGCUAGACGACGCCAGCAUGAAGGAAUUCGCGACCAGACUGGAAGGCGUUCUUCGCGGCGCGGUCGGCCUCCCAUCCAAAGUAGGAUGCAGCCGUGUAUUGGUCCUCCUCAGCAUGAGGACGGUUCUCUUCCAGCCCUAUGCGGAUCGCUUCAUCCAACUCCUUGGCAAAUACGUGCUGGACCGGAACGACACAGUUAGCGCCUCGUACUGUAGCUCAAUUGGCUACCUGAUGCGGCUAGCUUCAGACGAGCGUGUGCUAAAGACGCUCGAAUACGCCGAAAGCCUCUACCUUACGGCCGAAGAGGCCAACCAACGGGUUAUUUCCGCCGAGAUCCUCCAUUCAGCUGCGAAGUUGUCGAACGAUCGAUUCAUGGGCUUUGCGUCGUCAGCAUUACCGUUUGUUUUCGUUGCCAAACAUGAUUUGGACGAGCAUGUCCGGGAGGUCUUUGACAAAACCUGGCAGGAUAACGUUGGGGGCAAUAAUCGCACCGUCUCGCUAUACAUCCAGGAAAUUACGAAACUGGUUGCUGACAAUCUAGACUCCCCCCGAUGGGCGAUUAAACAUACGGCCGCCUUGGCAAUUGCAGAUGCCAUCAUAUCAUUGGAUGCGGAAUUGGACCUCGCGACGAGUAAGACUGUCUGGCCGGUUCUGGAAAAGGCCCUGGCGGGGAAGACCUGGGAUGGGAAAGAAGCGGUGCUGAAGGCGUUGGUGAGGUUUGUGGGCCAAGCGAAGAGAUUGUGGCAUGAGCAGCCACAGCUUGGAGAAUUGGUGAAGACAAUUACCAUUCGGGAGGCAAAGCGGAAUAACCCUGCAUAUCGUCCACAUGGCCUGGUCGCUCUUGGUGGAGUCGCCCUUGGUGGAGUUACGCAAGACAACAACAACAACAAUAACUACUACUAUUAUAUCAACUUGAUGCCCGAGGCCAUGCGCAUUGUUUCCAAAGUGCUGGAUGACCUCGACGAGGAUGACGAUGCGAGGGACCGUAUGGAUGUCGACUCAGGUAGCGGGUCCCAGUCGAAUCAAAUUUUAGGUGAUACUCUGGUGGCUUGCGUAAAAUGUCUCUUGCAGUGCUUCAAUCCGGCGGCGUUCCAGGCUUCUACGCAACCACAACAAGAAGACGAAGUGCAUUCCGCCCUCAAAGGUUAUCUCGCUGAAUUACCGCCUACUUUGGACAAGGCGCUGAAACGCGGAGACAAGAAUGUGCAGAUUACUCUCUACGAGGAGCUGCACCUCCUCUUGAACCGGUUAGGCACACGGACAUCGAACCAUGAUCGUCUCGGGGCGAUACAAGGCGAGUUGGCGACGCUAGUGGGGGGAAUCCUUUCUUACGAGAUAGACGGAUCGGUUGAGGCGAUCCGAAAGGGGCGUGCACAGGCCAGCGCUUCGUAUGUUGGGAUGUGCCAGGAGACCGGCCUGGAGAUAGACGCAGGACUCCGGGCGAGAGUGGCGGGAUGGAGAGACGGCGAACGAUCUGGGCCUGUCAGACAGGUGCUCGAUCAGGUGAUGGGACAACUAUAACUGAUUUCUACUCUCGAAUAAUCCAAGAAAACAUGGAUGUUCCUUCAGCUGGCCUCCUUCCUGCAACUAAUCCUUCGGGGCCGCAGAGAUCUGAGGUACGGAGUAUACAUACAUACAUACAUACCUAUUUAAUGGGUUGUUCCUGAAAUAGACUAUUGUAUUGUACAGUAUAGUACCGUACCUGUAAUAAAUCAUACUCACUCCCAAGUAGUUACACUUUGACACUUAGUUAUUGUUGGGAUUUGUAAAUUAGGACAGAGUCCUCGUUUACUUAAAGUAAUAUAAUAAUUCCAGAUCAGACAAAUCUUACGAAGAAUGAACCCUGC